AUGAAUGCCACAUCAACCAGAAUGGCCAAAAAUAACAAGCUGGUUCAUGGUGUGGAUGGAAAGGUUAUGAAGGAGAAAGUGUGGAUGGUUGACGCUAUGUUCAAUAGGCACCCCCAGUCAUUGUAUUUUUCUGAUGGCAAGCAUCCAGAUCAUGCGGCUGGUGUCUUCAAAGGCAUGAUAAGGAUUUUGGAGGAGCACUGGUAUUAUGAUGUUUAA